AUGCGAGCGCGCUGCGCGAAACUGCUGCCAGUUCUCGUUGGCGUACAUCGGUCCGUCAGUGGAUCUGUGGCUUCCUUUAGGGGCCCAAAAGCGGCUCAAACUGCUCCUCUCCUGUUUAGUUCUUCUUUUGAAUCGUCUCCAUGUUCACCGAACUCUCGAGAUAUAUGUAACGAGACGUCUCCGCCUUUAGAGAGCCUUUUCCAUUCCCUGGUCCUCGCAGAAAGCGUUCUUCAUAAAAUGGGCUUUUUUCGGCUAAGUCGCAGUCCUAUAAGCUUCCCUUCGUUUAGUUCUUUAAACAUCGUCUCCGCUUCGGUUCCACGAGAAGGGAACAAUGUUGUUUGCGAAAUGACGGCUCGAGAUACGGUGGUAGCUUUGGUGUCGAACCCCCUUGGAAAUUUGUAUGUUAAGGGGACGCUGGGAAAGCUGUACCAUUGUAGAGCAGUUCUUGUAGCAGUCGGCUUGUCCUCACGUAAGAUGGUCCAUAGUCGAGGAGCACUCUCGGCAAACCUCGAUAAUCCUCGAAAUGGUUUAGAUAUGAUCCAUGCAGCUGCAGAGCUUGUAAGGCACACUGCAUAUUGGAUGGUGGUUCCGAAGAUCCUCCCUUUCGCCCUUCUUAUGAAGAAGAUUGUUUGA